CUACCCACAAGGCCACAACUGAAGUUUCGAUUGGUGGCUUCCAUCACCAAAAUGUGGACCAAAUUAGCCAAGCGAGCUUCCUCAAGGAAGUUCAAUCUAUCCACUGAAUCCUUCUACUUUUCUUCUUCUUCUUCUUCUACUUCCCAGAGAUAUUCUCAGCGCCCGGAUUUUCCCGAGAAAACAGGGCCCCUCGAGACCCAAACAAGGGUGAAAUCGAGGUACCCAUUUCUGGGUUUCAAUCAAGUUGGUGUUUUUACUUCGAAAAACGAACUGGGUCGAUCCAAGUUUUUGUUUUCUGAAGACCCCUCUUUUGAUUUUUCUUUGUCUUUGACAUUCAGUAGAGGUCAUGCUAGUGUUGCUGAGGCUAUUGAAUCCACUGAUACUGAAGAUGAUUAUUCUGGGUCUGAUGAGGUUCACAAAUUGUUAGAGGAAAUGGUGAAAGAAGAAAAGGGAAAAUCUCAAUUGGAACACCAAAAGAACAUAGGUGGAGGCAUGGCUAGCUACAAAUACAAGAUGCUUCGGAGGAGGCAGAUAAAGAUGGAGACUGAGGCAUGGGAAGAGGCAGCAAGAGAGUAUCAGGAACUGUUGGAGGACAUGCGUGAGCAGAAGCUUGCACCCAAUUUACCUUAUAUGAAGUCAUUGUUCCUUGGUUGGUUUGAACCUUUAAUGAAUGCAAUUGCUUCGGAUCAAGAGCUUUGCAAAGACAGCAAGCAGAGGUCAUCCCAUGCUCCUUAUUUCAAUGAGUUGCCUGCAGACAUGAUGGCUGUGAUUACGAUGCAUAAGUUGAUGGGGUUGUUGAUGACCAAUAGUAAUGGAGUAGGUACUGCAAGAGUGAUCCAAGCUGCUUGUCAAAUAGGUGAAGCCAUUGAACACGAGGCUAGGGUAUACCGAUUUAUGGAGAAGACAAAGAAGACGAAGGAGAAGAGAACACCUGUUGGGAAGCCUGAUGGAGAUUCUGAUCUUGCACCUGUAAAAGAAGGCAAACUGACUGAAGAGAAAGAGAGAAUGGUUAAAGAGCAGAAGAGACUUAGGAAAAAAGUUGCCAGUUUAAUAAAGAAGCAGAAAAAGCAACAAGCCAUGGGAAUAGUUCGGGGACAAGAUGAUUGGAAACCAUGGGGUCAGGAAGCUCAAGUAAAGGUUGGCUCUCGUUUGAUGCAAAUGUUAAUAGAAACAGCCUACAUACAACCACCUGCCAAUCAAUUUGGAGAUGAUCCACCAGAUAUACACCCUGCAUUUAAGCAUACUCUUAAAACAGUUUCAACUGAUACACAGGGAAGUAGGAGAUACGGUGUUAUUGAAUGUGACCCUCUGGUGCAAAAGGGCCUUGAAAAGACUGCCAGGCACAUGGUCAUCCCCUACAUGCCAAUGUUGGUGCCACCUACUAACUGGACAGGGUAUGACAAAGGAGCGUACUUGUUUUUGCCAUCUUACGUUAUGAGAAUACAUGGAGCAAAGCAGCAACGUGAAGCAGUUAAAAGGGCUCCAAGGAAUCAACUUGACCCGGUUUUUGAGGCCCUUAAUACCCUUGGCAAUACGAAAUGGAGGGUAAACAAAAAGGUGCUCAGUGUUAUAGAUCAAAUAUGGGCUAAUGGAGGACGACUAGCUGACUUGGUUGAUCAUGGAGAUGUUCCCCUCCCUGAGGAACCCGACACAGAAGAUGAAGCAGAAAUCCGAAAAUGGAAAUGGAAAGUCAAAGCUGUCAAAAAGGAGAAUAACGAGAGACAUUCGCAGCGAUGUGACAUAGAACUUAAACUUGCUGUGGCACGAAAGAUGAAGGAUGAAGAAGGCUUCUACUAUCCUCACAAUCUUGAUUUCCGAGGGCGUGCUUAUCCCAUGCACCCAUAUUUGAACCAUCUUGGUUCUGAUUUAUGCCGAGGCAUACUUGAGUUUGCCGAGGGACGUCCUCUAGGGAAGUCAGGCUUGCACUGGUUGAAAAUACAUCUGGCAAAUUUGUAUGCUGGUGGUGUAGACAAGUUAUGUUAUGACGGUCGAAUAACAUUUACUGAGAACCACCUGGAUGAUAUAUUUGAUUCUGCAGACAGGCCUCUUGAAGGGAAGCGCUGGUGGUUGCAAGCAGAGGAUCCUUUUCAGUGCCUGGCUGCAUGUAUCAAUCUGUCUGAAGCAUUGAGAAGCCCCACUCCAGAGACUACCAUUUCUCGUAUGCCUGUACACCAGGAUGGUUCAUGCAAUGGCUUACAACAUUAUGCAGCGCUUGGGAGGGACAAGUUGGGAGCUGCUGCAGUCAAUCUUGUUGGUGGAGACCAGCCUGCUGAUGUUUACUCAGGAAUUGCUACGAGAGUACUUGAAAUCAUGAGAAAAGAUGCAGAGAAAGAUCCCCAAACUAAUCCAAAUGCAUUGCAUGCUAGGCGUUUGAUCAGCCAGGUGGACCGAAAGUUGGUAAAGCAGACAGUGAUGACAUCAGUCUAUGGAGUGACUUAUAUUGGGGCCCGGGACCAGAUCAAGAGGAGGUUAAAGGAGCGUUGCGCCAUUGAGGAUGAUUCAGAGCUAUUUGCUGCUGCUUGCUAUGCUGCGAAAACCACUCUCACUGCUUUAGAGGAGAUGUUUGAGGCUGCAAGAAGUAUUAUGAGUUGGUUAGGUGACUGUGCAAAGGUGAUAGCUUCCACGAACGAAGCAGUCCGAUGGAUCACUCCCCUUGGGCUUCCUGUAGUUCAACCUUACCGACAAAUAGGAAGACAUCUUAUCAAGACUUCCCUCCAGAUAUUGACGUUACAACGUGAAACUGACAAGGUCAUGGUUAAAAGACAGAGAACAGCUUUUCCCCCUAAUUUUGUUCACUCUCUUGAUGGUUCUCACAUGAUGAUGACUGCAGUUGCUUCUAAAAAAGCAGGAUUGAAUUUUGCAGGGGUUCAUGACUCAUAUUGGACACAUGCAUGUGAUGUUGAUGAAAUGAACAGAAUACUCAGGGAAAAGUUUGUUGAACUCUACGAUGCUCCAAUAUUGGAAAAUUUGUUGGAGAGCUUUGAGAAGACUUUUCCCACAUUAAACUUUCCUCCCUUACCAGAGCGGGGAGAUUUUGAUCUUCGAGAGGUUUUGGAGUCUCCAUAUUUUUUCAACUAGACUCCAUAGAAACUCGGGUUGCUUAUCUUACGGUACUACCUCCACCUGUGGUCCUGUGGAGUUCAGUCCAAUAUGAUGAAUUGUAUAUAUCUACCUGCAUGGGAUUGCGAAGCCUCAAGAACCGACAUGGAGAAGAUAGAAGUGUGCAAAUCAGGACUUUUGGUUGCCAAAUUAGUGCGCCACACGACGACCCUAGUACUUAUUUAAUUAUUUUCUACACCCAUUUUGAACUGGCAAGUUUUCAUCAAGAGAUUUCAUAUGGCUGGACCUCCAGUUGUGUCUUCCAAAUCCCGGUGAUCUGACUUUGGUCAUUGUCACGAAAGAAAGGGCCCCUCCAAAUAUGGCUUUACAAAUUGAUUUAGAAUUUUGCUUGGAUCAGUUGCAAAACGAGAAGGUUCAGCAUAUACAGCAGCCAAUCUGUUUUUGUUCAUGGUUGAUUUUACAGACUAAUAAAGGAAUGAAGCACUGGUGAUCAGUUAAGGUUAUUUUCUCAGAUGUGGAUGCUUCAGUCUGCUUCGGUUUUCCCUCUUGCAAAGCAGCCAAAAUUGGGUUGCUUCAAAAAUACGUUGUAUUUUUAUUUUUAAUUUUUUGUCAUUCUUUUUGGGUGUGAUAGGGGAUUAGGAGUAUAUGUGGCGUUUUUGUCUUGGUAACUGUAAUAUUUGUUACACUUGUUCCAUUAGUUGAUUUGAUAUAAAUAUGCAACUCCCGGUAAAACCCCGACUUAGGAGAGGGUAGGGGUGAGAAAAUUCUUAUAGGAAGAUUUAUUCUUGCAUUAUUUAACUAGACAUAUGUAAAAUAAU